AUGGAGUCAUCAACCCUCGCAAACGCCAUACCGUUUCCAGGGGGGAAAAAUAUCCUUGUUGCCUUGGAGGAGUCGAAUCUGUACAUAUACUGCGAUCUUUCACAGGACUUGGGUAGAACCUCCUCCGGGAAGAACAUUCUCAUUGCCACCACUGGCGGCAACAAGCCACUUGGUGCUACAAAUGCCUUUCUGGGGCUUAAUGUGUUCUGCAAUAUCACAGAAGGACCCAAGCUGACGGAUGAGACGACGUCAAAACUAAGUGAGGUGGAAAUUAUGGGGUAUUACUGCAUGUGGCAAGUCAAGGGACAUACGCUCUGUAUGAUGAUUGACUUUGAAAAUGCUUGGGAAAAGCUGGCGACCACAGGAAAUUCCGUGGUCCUUGCUUCCUCUGGAGGAAACAAGGCGGUGGGGAAAACUGGAAUAUUGUGCGGGCUAAACUGUCACGUGCCUUUGGGCAAGAAAUUCCUCAUGGAGAAGCUUUCAACAAUUGUUAACAAUGACUUUGUUUCAGUAGGCGAUACAGUGGAGUUGAACGAAGGCUUUGUCGUUCAUGUAGAAAGCGAGACACAGGUCACUUUGCAUUGUGAGUAUGAAUACACAAUGGCAACAAGGCGAUUGGCGAUGCCUCCAGUUGUUAUUGAAGGCGAGACUAGUCUCAUAUUAACGUUAAGGUUUGUUGAUAAAAAGUUGAGAAGUGAAGAAAAAGUGGAGCAAAUGAAGACGGAAUUUGCCGUUUUGUCUCCAAAGUGGAAAAACCUUUUGCUACGGUACGGGCCCAAUCACAACGGAAACAAUAGUAGAGGGACUGUUGACUUUUAUCUUCGUUUUGACCCUACACAAUUUAUCGGUCGCUCGUUCUCCGGGAAAUCCCUGACGGUAUCGUCAUCCGGUGGCUGGUGUAGUAUUGGGAAUGAAAUCUUCAUUAUGUUUAAUGCGCAUAAGCCGGCACCCCACCUGAGUCCUGCGGAGAUUAGAAGUGCAGUGCAGAAUGUGCUUGACUCACGACGAGUGGAGGAGAUCACCUCGCUUUCUUUGAAGAAAGUUGAGAUCUUGGUGGUGACCGCGCUGAACCUGAAGGGAAGUAGCCUGGCAGAUGUGAGGGGUCAGGUGAAGGAAGCAGUGAAAGCGUACAUGGGCAGUUUGAAGCUGUCCGUCCCAUUUAAAAUGGCCAAGAAGGCCGUCAAUAAAGCGUUUGCCACGCGAAAGCGAGAGGAAUUUGCGACGCUUUCCCUGAAGACUCUUUUGGCGGAGGUGAGCUCGGAGCUGGGAGCGGCGCACUGGGAGGAGGAGACUUUGAAGGCGCACGUCAAGGAGGCCGUCAUGCAGUGCCUCUGGGGCGAUGUUAGGCGAAUUCGCGGUAAAGGAGGAGGUCUCCGGGAGUGUGGCACGAGGCUGAGCGAAGGAACCACCGAAAGGUGA